UUAUGGAUCAUUAUCACUUUCUAUUUAAAUAUAUUAUAGUUGGUGAUACUAGUGUUGGAAAAUCAUGCAUAUUGUUAAACUAUACAGAGAAGAAGUUUAAUGAAGACCAUGAAACUACAAUCGGAGUAGAAUUUGGAAGUUAAUUAUUAAAAAUCAAUGACAGGACAAUUAAGAUUUAAAUUUGGGACACUGUAUUUUUGUAUAUAUGAUUUGAAGGCUGGAUAAGAGAGCUUUAGAUCAAUAACAAGAUCUUAUUAUAAAGGGUAUGAUUGAAAUAAAUUAGAUCUAUUGGAGUAGUUCUAGUAUUUGAUUUAACAAAGAAAGACACCUAUUAUAAUGUGAUGAAAUGGCAUAAUGAAAUAUUAGAUUGCACACAUGAAUUUGUAGAAGUUAGUUUAGUUGGCAAUAAAUUAGAUUUAGAAUCAGAGUACAAAAAUAUAUUGAUCUAUAAAGACGUCAAGUUUCUACAAAAGAGGCCCUUGAAUAUGCUUAAUAAAAUAAAAUGAAUUAUUUGGAAACAUCUGCAAAAACUGGAUAGAAUAUAGAUAAAGUAUUUGAGGAUAUCGCUUAAAGAAUAUUAGUAAAAAUUGACAAUAAGGCAAUUGAUUAUACAUAAGAAGUAAGAAUAUUAUUGACAAAAGGUUUAUGGAAUAAAAUUAGGACCAUACUUUCAGAAUCCAAAAUAAGUAACAAACACAUCUUCAACUCUAAAAUCAGAACCAGAAAAGAAGGAUAAAACAUGUUGUUGA